AUGUGGGGAACAACUUUCUAUGUAGCUCAGCUGCUACUGUUGCUAACGCAGAGCUUCCAGUGCAGGAAGAGGUAUCCCCACCAGGGGUACCUAAACGGGAUUGCCCACCCUACACCUAGACAUGAGAACAGAAGCAAGAUAAAUAGGAACUACGCAAGGAAAAAAAAAAAAGAUAAAGAAAAAGAAUAUUAUGAGAAUUUUUUUAGAGAACUGGAUAAAAUAUUUAAUGAUGAAGACGAGGAGCAGAAGCAGGUGGAGGAAGAAGAGAGAAGGAAAGAGGAAGAAAUGGACGCCAUAAGUGAGAAGGAACUUCUUGAGGUGAAUUUUUGUAACUAUGAGAGGGACCCCAGGAGCUUAGCUAAUUUGGUCCGGAACAGGACGGAGGAGGAAGGGGAUCGGAUAGAUACAGACAGGGAAGCGAACACUAAGGGAGAAACUUCCUCUGAGGGGAAGAAGGAGACCAUGCCAUACAGCUACGACUAUGAGAGGGUUCUUAAGGGUAAGGAAUACCUGCCUGAAAAGAUCCUCCUAAAGGAUAAGUUUUCAGUGGGGGAAGAAGAAGAGAAGCUAGUCGAUCGAGUGGACGUGAACACCAUGAAUGAUUUUUUGAGUAACUACCAAAAUGACUUCCAGGGGCCUUUUUACAAGGGACGCAGGGAUAGACGUUUCGGUCGGGAGGAUCUACAAGGGGGGGAGUUGUCAUCGGAAAGGGGGGAGGAGAAUAAGUUAAGGGGUGCCACAAGUGAAGAGGUUAAUAUAGAGCAUGGUGACACUGGGGAGGACCAACUCGAAAGCGUGCACUUCUUGAGGAGCAUCCGACGCGAGUUUGACCUGGAACGAGGCAGUGACAUGGACGAGGCGGUACGUCAGGUGGAGGGGACGUUCGCUCAGGGGAGCGUCACAACGGAUGGAAAUGGAAAUGGCAAUAUCGAUAAUGGUUGGUAUAGCGAUGAAGGAGGGAUGGAGGGAGGACGGCCCUUUGAGAGACACGUGGAGGAGGAAAUCAAAAGACGCAGCACGGACGACGAGACGGUGAACAAACUGAUACGGAGCAAAUUCAUAGACAUGUUUAAAGUGGACGAUGCGGUUAAGCAGAUCAAUGAACAGAUAAAAAAGAGCCAAAGCGUGAGUGCACUAUUGGAACUGUUCAGUGAAAAAAAACCAAAAAACAUAAUAAACAUUAUGUAUAUGUUCAUGUAUAUUUACCGAUUUAAAAAUGCAAACAUGAUGGAAUAUAUAUAUGACAGAAGAUUUGCGUUUUUAACGGAUACCUUUGAACAGGUGUUGAAAUUUUACCUGUACAUGUUCAGAAAAAAUAUGAACAGUUCAGGUGAAAAGAGUAUGCAAAGGACAAUAACUUUGAACAGUAGGAAUAUUAUCUUUUUACUAAAAUAUAUGAACAGGUUGAAAUUAUUUUACGUGAAUUUAAAUAUUUACAAUUUGCUAUUCUUAAUAAUGUCUCAGUCGCUUCACCUGUUCUGUAUUGACUCCUUGGUGGUUUUGUUGGCGUACCUGAAUGAGUACUCUUACUACGGGAGUGAGGUGCACAAGAAAAUUAACCUUUCCAUUUUGAGCAGGAUCUUUGAACUUGUGCGUGUUGACCGGUCCAACCUGUCUAAACUGCACUUUGGUCACUUCAAGUUGCUCGUGCCGCUGCUGGUGAAGCACAGGUACGUCGGUCCUACUGACGGUGUUCAUGGUGCAGCGUCCCUCCUACUGGCCCAUUUUGCCAAGGACACCGAACGUGCAAUUCAAAGUAUGCAAAGUGGGAAAACCCACUCACGCAGCAGCGACAUUUGCGAUGUCCUCUUUUACGACUCCAAAACGAAAGAACAAAAAAAAAACAAAGAAAAUUACAUGGCCUACCUGGAGAACGAGCACCUGCAGCAGAGGAAGAAGGACAUAAAAUUCCUAUACAGUUUUUUGCAGUACUUAAUGAUUGGUAAGUUUUCCCAAGAGGAGGAAACUGUGCAAAGGUUGGUGGAUUUAUUUUUGGGCAACCUUUCCUUGUUCCAAGUGGAAGAUGUGUUAGCCAUUUUUUUUAACUCCGAGAAACUGCAAUAUGGAAAGCAGUACAGCACACUCAUGACCCGCUGCAAGAACGAGUUGCUCCAACGGAAGAGUUUGCUGAAGGAUUUUCAGAUAAACCGGGUGCUCUCCUUUUUCAUACUGGGGUAUAGGCGGUCCGUCUUGUUUCGGGAUUACCAUCGGCGUCUGUUCUCUCACAGUCGUUACGUCCUGCUGAGGGAUCAACCCAGUGGGGGAACCCCCCCCAGUCUGGACACCUUACCACGCCUACUCUCAUGCAGAAGUGAAAUGCGUGCCCUCCAGAGGAAGCACCUCCUGAGCAGCCAAUCGUUCAGGGACCCCCAGUUUUUAUACGACUUCACACACGACAUACACAUUUUUGUAAAGUUUAAAAAUGUCCACCUGCUCAAAUUUGUCUACAACAUGUACCUACUGAGUCUCCUCUACUACAAAAACGCCGACGUCCUUCGAAUCGUAUCAGAAGUAUCCUCUGACUUAAUCGAGACAAAUAUUUUUUCCUUCAUUGACCAGUACGCCUACUACAUGUAUGAGGACCUCUACAUUAUUAUUAAGGCAUUCAAGUAUGUGUCCUUUUUUCAAAUAGAUUUGGUUGAAUCGUGGAAAAAGUUUUUUUUUCUUCUGGACCAGUUUUCAGGUGCACUGAACUUAGAAAAUAUCUACGACAUUUUUUUUUUCAUUCACAUUUGUAACCUGCAAAAAUUGAAGUCCGAAAAUUAUGACGUGUUCAAAGUGCUGACCGGGCGGAUGACGCGAAUUUUGGAAAUCCUGGCCAAACACGACCUUCACCAGUUUAGCACGCACCCCCACACGUACCUGCUGAACAUUUUGAGCCUCGUCCGGGAGAAGCAGAACGAGCACGUCUGCGCCUUUGCCCAGACGUUCUUCUACCACCUGUAUAGGCGCCUAUGUGGGCACUCCAAUGAAAACAACUGUAGUGAGAGUAACUCUAGUGAAAAUAUCUCCUGUGAAAAUAUCUCCUGUGACAAGAUUCGCAGUGACAGUAUAUCGAGUGACCCACGCGAGGCGUACCGACGAGUGAACAGGCGGCCAUACAACUUCCGAGACGCACGGCUCUUCCUGCAAGCAUUCCUAACCUACCACAACGAAAAGCAGGAACAUCUAAAUUUGCCCAUUGUCCACUUCAUCCUGUUCAAUGUAGAAGACUUUUUCUCUAAGCUACGCGAAAGUGUGUUCUACUACCAUAGUGCCUACAUAUAUGGGGCCCAAAUGGCGGAGCUUCUCUCGUUGAUACGCCAAUUAAUUCACAAAAAAUUAUACAACAGACAUAUCAUGAGAACGUUGGUCCUCAUAAUUAAGCACAUAAUACAUAUCCAGGGGGUUCACAAUGGUAGUGAUUAUCCCAGCGGGGUAAACAUUUUUAAGUCCUUCUUUGCGCAUUUCCCCGAGGUGACAGAUGCAAACGUGUGGCGCUUCAUUCGGCGGCACGCACCGCUCACCUUCCAGGCGUAG